CCUUGAGGUCCACGGGCCGCAGGUUGAGUAGCACUGCAGCAGCCUGGCCCUGUCUCUCUCCACAGUGCUGAAAUCCUCUCUAACAUAAUUGAUCUCACUCAUUUGCAUUAGGUGUGAUUUAAUUGGUCACAUUUUGUGCCUUUAUGUUUGUCUUUGUGCUCCCACGCGCUCUGCAUUGAUCCUCUCCGGAGUGGACGCACAGCUGAUCGGGAGGGCUGCUCCCUCCAAUCAGCUGUGGCGCUGACUCCGUCGUACGAUGUUCUCGCGUGUUCUGCUCACUGUGGGUUGUUUUCAUCGUUUGGCUGCUCAGCAGCAGGCAGCUUGAUGUGUCUGUCAGUCGGUCCGUCGGUGGGCGAGGAAAGAAAAGGUGCGCAUGUAGGAAAAAUGGACUGCGCACUUUCCUCGUGGGCUUUCAUAUCGACCCAUUUGAAAACAUCCUCUUCUUCUUCUUCCUCCUCUUAAAAAAGGAUGAUCGACGCGGAUGUUGCAGCAGCAAGCAGAGGGGGAGCUCGGUGCCAUGCAUGGUGGCGGUGCUUUUGCAUUUUUACGCAGCUAUCCAGCCUCUAAUCAAACGGCGUCACAUGCGGCUGAAAAGCACUUUCACGCCUCAGAUAAAAUGUCUUUGGGUGCAUGCCGCAGCCGACAGGAUUUGGACCAGCACUGGAGACCAGCAUGCCCAGAUCGGACGCUUUUAUAACCCUUAUUAGAUUUUGGUACCUAACAUAAAUUUAAAGACUCGGCCAUGGGUGAUGAGAGCAGCCUGUCUCGGCAGAUAGCGAGUGUGGAGAGGAGCGUGGUGUUUCUCAGACAGGAGCACCUCACUUUGCUCCACGGCCUCCACCUGGAGAUCCUCUCCCUGCAGAAACGAUGCUCAGAGUUGACAAGUGAGCUGAAGGUGAACCCUCCAGGCAGAAGCCAAAUAGAGCUACAGGAGGAAGAGGAGAUCCUGGAGGCUAGCUGUCGUCACAUGGAAAACCAUCUGGCCGAGCGGGAAUGCACCUUAGGAGAGCUUCGUAAGGAGCUGACUCACAAAGGAGCUUUGGUGGGAGCCCUCAGAGCCAAUCUCAAGGAAAAGGAGCGCCAUUUCCUGGAGGAGCUCAAACGCCGCAGCCACUGUUCAACCAUCCUUAACACGGAGCUGCAGAAACAAACCGAGGCAGCAGCAUACCUCUCCUUCCAACUGCACGCUGCCAGGCAGAAACUGCACCACCAGCGGAUGCAGCAGAGGCAGGCACUCCUCGCCAGAGCCAACAGUCAGGGGGCCCAGUAUGGUGCCGAGCAGAACUCUGUUUCUCCACAGAUGCCGUCAGGAGCCUCACCUUCCUCUCCUGUGGUUAAACCCAAACGUAAGAGUGCAAGGGCAUCUUCGAGAGUGGAGCGUGCACGGGAGUGUGUUCCCAUAGAGAAAGUGAUGGGCCCUGCAGAGCCCACGGCGAUGCCGGACCCUGCGCUCUUCCUCCACCCUCGGAGGCACAGGGCUCGCUCCAGGCACACUGUGGCACAAAGACAGCCUCCAAUGGGCCUGGAGAAGGAGGAUGAGGAGGAAGGAGGCGGGGAGGGGCCAGUGGAGCCCCAGGAUGAAGCUGCCAGACUGGUAUCUUCAGCUGCAGCGCCCCCUGCUGCCGAGACCAAGGCAGAUUAGCGACUACUGUGACCUGUGCUUUUAACUGCAGUUUGAUCACUGUAUGAUCUUCUGUCAGACUGUUAAUGCUGUUAACUGUUGUUCUGCACCUUGACUGAAUUGAUACUGAGACUGGUUUUAGCUAUUGAAGUUAUAUCACACUUAUCAUAGACACUUUUUUUAACACGGACUUUGAUAUAAUAAUUUGCAAAGCAAAACUGUCACUUUAAGUCAGUCUUAAAUGAAGUUAGAUAAAUAAUCUGUUUACACCAGUGUCACAUGCUCAGUAUUCUGUGGGGCCUUAUUUCAAAGCAACCCCCUUUUUUUUGGAUUUAAGGUGAUUUAAGGUGAGUUUUACCGUGGUAGCAGCCAUUUUAGGUGGACUACGAGCCCCGCUGUGCA